UCUGUCAAAGAGGAAAAACUUUCAAAAGAAACGGCAUUUCUCUCGUUCGUCUUUGCGACAAGCUGCAGCGUUCUUCCAAUCAGCACCCCCGCCUUCACCCGACCGCCUACCGCAGCCCGACCAACGUUUUUCGUGACCGAUAGCAAAUAUGGCAGGGUUAUUCCAAAGGGUCUACAAUUGGCUCAUGCGCAUGUUCUGGGCGAUGGAAAUGGAAGUGACGAUGGUUGGUUUGCAAAAUGCUGGAAAGACCUCGUUAUUACGAGUUCUCGCUGGCGGUGAAUUCACUCUCGACUCCAUCCCCACCGUUGGUUUCAACAUGAAAAAGGUACAGCGCGGACAUGUUACCUUGAAGUGUUGGGAUAUUGGCGGCCAGCCCCGGUUCCGAACCAUGUGGGAAAGAUAUUGUCGAGGCGUGAGCGCCAUCGUCUUUAUCGUGGAUAUUGCCGAUACACCACUGAUUCCCCAAGCGAAGGAAGAGCUCCAUGACCUCAUGAGCCGCAAGUCGCUUGAGGGUAUACCACUUCUCAUCCUGGGGAAUAAGUCCGAUCUUCCGGACAAGCUUUCGGUGGAUGAGUUGAUUGACGAGCUAGACCUGAAGAGCAUACGUGGCCGUGAGGUGUGCUGCUAUGGUAUCAGCGCGAAAGAAGAGACAAACCUUGACGCAGUAGUCGAGUUUCUAAUGAAGUAUGCCACGCGACCAUAAUCAGCGCCAUAACUCGCUGGUGUGGUGGCUGUAACACUCGCUUGGGGAUGUUUCCACACCCUCUGACUCAAGAGGUAACAAGCGUCCAAGUCUGUGCUAGUUGUUCCAAUAACUGC